UGAGGGGGCGCGCCUGUCCCCGGAUGGCUUCCGGACUCCAGGCUUUGAAGGAAGUCCCAGCUCAGCGUAGAUAAGGCGCUUAGCGCCCCGGCUCUGGAAGAGUCUCCUGAAGAAGAGGGCCAUGGACAUGAUCACCUCUACAACCAUCCUGCCCUUGCUGUUUGGCUGCCUGGGCAUCUUUGGCCUCUUCCGGCUACUGCAGUGGAUUCGCAUGAAGGCUUACCUGAGGAAUGCUGUGGUGGUGGUCACAGGUGCCACCUCAGGCCUGGGGAGAGAAUGCGCCAAAGCCUUCUAUGCUGCUGGUGCAAAGCUGGUGUUGUGUGGCCGGAAUAUGGAGGCCCUUGAGGAACUUGCCCAAGAGCUCAUGGCCUCUCGUUUCCCACAGAAGCAGACACACAAGCCCUAUACAGUGACCUUCGACCUCACAGACUCUGAGGCCAUUAUGGCUGCAGGAGCAGAGAUCCUUCAGUGCUUUGGCUAUGUGGACAUCCUCAUCAAUAAUGCUGGCAUAAGCUACCGUGGGGCCAUCGUGGACACUGCAGUAGAUGUGGACAAGAAGGUUAUGGAGACAAACUACUUUGGUCCUGUAGCUUUAACAAAAGCACUCCUGCCAUCCAUGAUCAAGAGGAAGCGAGGACACAUUGUCACUAUUAGCAGCAUCCAGGGCAAAAUUAGUAUUCCUUUCCGCUCAGCCUAUGCAGCCUCCAAGCAUGCAACCCAGGCAUUCUUUGACUGUCUGCGUGCUGAAGUAAAACAGGAUGAAAUUGAGGUGACACUCAUCAGCCCUGGCUACAUCCGCACCAACCUUUCUAUAAAUGCUGUCACAGGUGAUGGGUCCAAAUAUGGAGCUAUGGACAGGAACACAGCUCAGGGCUGGAGUCCUGCAGAGGUGGCCCAAGAUGUUCUUGCUGCUGUGGGGAAGAAGAAGAAAGAUGUAGUCCUAGCCGACUGGGUACCUUCCUUGGCCAUUUAUCUUCGCAGUUUGGUUCCUGGGCUCUUCUUCAGCAUCAUGGCUGCCAGGGCCAGGAAGGAGCAGAAAUCCAAGAACUCCUAAUGUGGAUCAGAGCUGGGGCUGAGAAGCAACACUUUCUUGGGUUUGGUUGCUGCACAAGGAGAACUGCAUUUGAUACUUGAAUGGAGGUUUGUCUCACAGAUGGAUACAGUGACAAAACGCUUCCCUGGUGUGGAAGCAGGCAACAAGCUUCUUCCCAUGGUGAGGAGUAAAUGCAUAAGAAAUAUGGGACAGGGCUUAAACACUAAAAAUACAAAUGAAAUGAAUGGAACAGUAGGUCAUAGCCUUCAAAGAUCAAGGAACCAUGUGUCCUUUGAAUUCCAUCCCCACCAAUUCCUAGAAAUGACCUUAGUCUUGGAAUCAGAAGAUGCUGUUACAUCAGCUGACCCAGAUAUUCUCAUAUUUGACUUAUCCAAGAUAACCUUUAUGGUUGUUUUGUUAGACAACCUCCAGUGCUUGAGAGUGGAGGGUAUAGCUUCAGGAACUCAUUAUUUAUAUUAUUUCCAGGGCCCUGUGAUGGCUCAUGCAACAUAGAAGCCAGGCUAGUAGGUGGUGGCUUACUUAGCAUAUCCCAAGAGAUCUCAAGUCUAGUAUCAAUAGGAAUUCCUCAUGUUUGAAGGACUCUCAGCACCCCUUCAAGCAAAAGAUGAAAUUAUUAAAAGAGACAGCAGCCAAAGGGAGAGCCCCCUGCAUGGCUUCUGGUGCCCUAGAACAUGAAGCCCUGGGAGAGGAGUCUAAUAAAACAUCUGUGGUAGCUGGAUGUGGUGUCGCAUGCCUGUAAUCCCAGCACUUGGGAGGCCGAGAUAAGAGGAUUGCUGUAAGUUUGAGGCCAGCCUGGGCUGCAAAGCCAGAAUGAGACCUUGUCUCACAGUAAAUUAAAAAAUAAAUAAAUAAAACAACCUUGGUCUGGUGUAAGGAGUGACUUAAUGGGGUCUAACUGAAGCAUCUGCCUUUCCAAUUUAUUAAAAAUGUGUUUGAAGUUCAAGGAGUAGAUCAACUUCAUAUUUGAGGUUUUCGACAGUUUUCCUACUACUAAAACUGAAAUGCUAGAAUAGUAAUUCCAUUGUAGAGUUCCCCAAAUUGGAAUAAAAACCAUCUAGUCUUUGUCAUGUUGACAUCUUGCACUGCACAGUGUCCUAAGUCUGGCCCUGUCAAGCAUCUAUUUUAAAUAGCUGCCCCCAAAAGAAGAUAAAAAUAGCCAUAACACCCUAGGUUUAGGGAAUUGAAGGCUGUCUAGUUUCCUCAGAGU